AUGCCGUUCAGUGCCGUCACCAUACAAACUGACACUACGAUGAAUGUGACGAUAUCGUUAAGCGAUUCUGACGCUUCUAACGCCUCUGGUGCCACUAAGGCUUCCGUGAAAAGUACGAUAUAUGUUGAGAUCCUUCCGGAAGACCUCGAUACCGCUUGCAACGCCGACUGUACGCCGGAGCGGUGUGAUAGUAGUACGGUCCGGCCCCGUGAGCCCCCGGCUGUUGAGCGUGGCCCUCCGGGCUCAUUCGUUCCGUUUGACGUACCGGCCCGGGCCCGAGAGAUACGGGGCUUGCCAGCGGCACCGUUAGACCUCUUCUUCCGCUACGUCCCCCGGGACCUUGUUGAGAAGUGGGUUAGCUGGACGAACGCGGCACCGGUAUAG